AGCACGAAGCCUUACGAAUCUAUCUAUCUAUCUAUCUAUCUAUCUAUCUAUCUAUCUAUCUAUCUAUCUAUCUAUCUAUCUCGAAGCCUUACCUGUAAAUAUAAAGAUUUAUAUCUAUAGUUCUGACUGGUUUUAAAUUGCCAUUUUGGCUGACUCAAACCACGACUCAAACCUCAGGCAGUCCGAGCUGCUGAAGUACAUACGUUAUAAAAGCCAGCUCAUUUAAGGACAGAAUUUAUUGCACGGAAUGAGGACAUCGCGUAAAUUUCUAUGAUGAAAAUGCAGUAACAUUUCAAUCACAAGCCAGUGCGUUGUGAGUCGGAGAGUUGUUUUUCCUACUCUGUGAGGAAAAUGGGUUUUUUUUAGGUCUGUUGGGCACGAUAUUCUAGCUUUAAACAUUUUUUUUUGGAAAAUAACACCCAUGAUAAUUUUUGUAAGGAAAAGUGGGCCCUACAGUCUCGAAACAAUGCAUUUUACUGUAUGAUUAAAGAGACUGUGUCAUUGUUACAGAAUGUGGAAAGAUUUAAGAAACGUGCAGCUUUGGAACUUAAGGGCCUAAAAUAGGCCCUUUUCGCAAUAGGUUCACAUUCAUGGUUGUAACCUUAAAGUCAAGUCUCCCAGACCAUUUAUUUGUGGUAUAAAAAUAGCUCAGUGACAGUUGUUUCCACACAGUCACAUGGGGUUUAUUUUGAAAGGUGAACUUUUCCUAAGACGAGGGACAUUUGCCGCACAGAGCCUGCGUCUCCGUAUCCAUUAUAAUCACUAAAGUCAUGAGCAAUUCUUUAAUGCACCUGCUUUUAUUUCCAACUCGACUGAGCUUAUGGAUUCUGUCUUUAGUAUAUUAUAUUGUGGUGUACGGCACAGCUCUAAUCACCGCUUGUUUGGUUCUGAUCCGAAUCGUCUGGACUGGAUUCAGAGAUCCAUACGGAACUUUUCACUGGACCGUCCGGAAGAGACCCCCAGACUGCCUGAAGGACCCUGCUUUCGGUGACCACGCGUAUCUGAAGGGCAGGAGCUCAGGCUUGAGGUUUCAUUACGUCACCAAAGGAGACCACAGAAAGCCUCUCAUGCUGUUUCUUCACGGCUUUCCAGAAAACUGGUUCUCCUGGCGUUACCAAUUGCAGGAAUUCAGCGGUCACUUCCACGCGGUGGCGCUAGAUCUGCGCGGCUGUGGAGGUUCUGAAGCACCAGUCCUGCUGGAGGAAUAUUCUCUGGACACUCUCUUAUACGAUAUCAGAGACACCAUCGAUGAACUGGGUCACACAAGCUGUAUAUUGGCGGGGCAUGACUGGGGUGGGAUGCUGGCGUGGCAUUUCGCACUGGAAAGGCCAGACAUGGUGCAGCUUCUCAUUAUCAUGAAUGCCCCUCAUCCUGCCUCGUGGCUGGACGCCGUACUGAGAAGACCCUCUCAGCUGUUACGUUCAGGACAUGCUUGUUUCUUCCAGUUACCAAUGCUGCCAGAAUUGAUUUUGUCCCUUGAGGAUUUCAAGUUGGUUCGAAGUCUAUUUUGUGGCAAGAAUUUGGGAAUCAGGAACAAAUCCAGACGACUGACUGAGACCCAGCUGGAGGGGUAUCUAUAUCGUCUGUCCCACCCCGGAGGACUCACAGGCCCUCUGAACUACUUUCGUUCUCUUCUCAGUAACGCUCUGUACAAGCAUCAGGAUGUGGCUGCGCCCUGCAUGUUAAUUUGGGGUGAGGCAGAUAGUAUACUGGUUGAGGGGACGUCCGGUGGAACGCGGCCUUAUGUAAGGGGUCCGGUUGUCAUUCACACUAUUCCUGAAUGCAGCCACUGGGUACAGCAAGAUCAACCUGACAGAGUCAACAAGCUCAUAUGGGACUUUGUUCUGGAUAAAGACAUCAUAAAACACAAUCGCUGAUCGCCUUUGAUGCAAUGAAGACAUCACGAAGAGUUAAUAACAAAGAGUUAUUAGCACUAGCAAGGUUUCUGGUUUCCACUGAGAAAAUAACUAGGCUAAUUGCAUUUAGCCCGGGUUUUCUUAAACGAGUAAUAAUAUAAAAGUUAUAUAAUUUCUGUUCAGUAAACUGUCUCACAGUUUUUGUUGUAUAAAUGAUGUCAGGAAAUAUUUAUAGGCAUAAAAAGUUUAGUCCAAAUGUCAGAUGUGUUUGUUCCAUUUUUUUUUAGUUCCUCUUUUUUUUUU